AUACCAUUACUAUAUACAUGGGCCCGAAGGCAACACAUCGAUGUCAAGAAACAGGAAAAAUAUUGGGGUUUCUGAUGUUAAUAUUUUGGUCACUCUGCACGAAAACGGGCAGAAAAUUUUGUCGACGAACCUUCGUGAUAUAGAAGAUGACCUCGAGACGAAAUACAUUCGGACCUCCGCGAAUACUUUUGAGUUUGUUGCCAAAUCUGAUGGAGAAAAUGGUGGCAUAGUGGAGGGAAUGAUCAGAUAUCAUCCAUUCUUAUAUGACAGAGAGACUUAUCCUAUUGACAGCACUCAAGAAUCAAGCGCAGAGUAUGACGGGACAGGGGAACCCCCGGGAAGGGGAAGACGGCCCAUAUUCGAAUGUUACUGGAACGGUAGACUAAUUCCAUACACUUUUAUUGAUGAGUAA